AUUAGAUAAGCAAAUGUAAUCAAGGGUUGUGCUUGAAUCCCGCCAAAAUUGAUAUCAAUUGUAAUUUAGCUAGCAUAAAAGACAGCUAGAAGCAUACUUGUUGAUUUGGUUUAUGGGCUUUCCCGUAGUCUUAGUUAAUAUAGUGUCUGAGUAGCUAUAAAUGUUUUACGAUGUAAUAACAAACAUGAAAAGUGACUCAUAGCGUAAAUCUUUCAUGAAACAAAACACUAAAAUAAGAAAAUAUUGACGUUUCUACCUUUUUAUAAUUAACCUCGGUAAUACCACUAUAAAUGCUUCCCAAAGAUUUCCCCCGACCCCCAACUCUCACAGAAUCAACUCGAUAUUCUCCCACCCAAAGAUUCUCUUAAUGGCGCUUCGCAGAGCUAUCACCAAGCGUCUCAUCGACGGUUACAAAUGCGUUCGACCAUCGAACACGAAGAUCCUCCGUCAUUACAUGACCUCAUCGAAUCUUACGGAUCCUAUCACGGCGAUCCGCAUCGAGUCCGUUAGUCCUCCUAGAAGGGAGGAAGCAACGGCUGUGACGGGUUUAUCAGUGAGUGAGACCAAAAAGUUGUUGAGAAUGUAUCAAAUGGAGAAGGUGAAAGCUAGACUCAGAGAGAUUCCAAAGAACUCUGUUUCGUAUUGGGAGUUUGUUCAAAUCUGUUGUGAGACCUGUGGGAACAACGACGAGCAAGGUUCUCAAAUGGCUCAGUCUUUGGAUCAUGCUGGAAGCGUCGUCGUUUUAGGAGACAUCGUUUUCCUUCAUCCUCAUCAGAUAGCCAUGUCUAUGGCGGCAAUGAUCCACCAAACAUCAGCACUUCCAAACGAUCCAAGAAAAGAAGAGUUAGCUCAGCUUGAGACUACAAAGAAGUGUAUUGACAUAAGGGCACGACGUAUAGUCCAGGCAGAGUUAUAUUGCGGUCUGGGACUCCUAGCAGCGCAAACGGUUGGCUUUAUGCGUCUUACCUUCUGGGAACUAAGCUGGGAUGUGAUGGAACCUAUUUGCUUCUUUGUCACAUCCCUUCAUUUCCUCCUUGGUUACUACUUCUUUCUUCGGACUUCGACAGAACCAUCUUUUGAAGGGUUUUAUCAACAACGGUUUAACACCAAACAGAAGAAGCUUAUGGAGAGCCAUGGGUUUGAUUUUUUGAGAUACACUGAGCUCAACUCCUUGUUUACACCGUUGGCGUGUAAAUCUGAAGUUUCAACGGUUUAGCUAGCAAUAGAAGUUUAUCCCGCCUAGACACAUCAUGUCUUUGGCCACUGUAUAAUUUACCUGGUGUAUGUAGACUUAAAUUGGGGUCCAACUUGUAUGUGUAUUUGAUAAAGUUGGAAUCUUAAUUUUUAUGCACCCACAUAUAAUGCUCUUAGUUUUA